AACUAAAGAAGGCGGCUAGUUAGACUCUUUUUCGGAAUGGAGGCUCGCUUUACUCCAGCGGAUUUUAUUAGUAGGCAAAAUACGUUUAAAAUGAAAAGUCGUUAGUUUAGUAGUACUUUUUGAGUAGCACCAUGUUAUUUACGGUCUUAUUUUUCAUACUUUGUCAGCCAUAUCGUUAUCAACAUAGGCGCAUGUUUUUUACGUCAUCACUAAAGACCUUUCUUGUCCCUCGUGUCAUAACAUGGUCGUCUUUUAGCUGACUGGCAAUGACAUCGACUCACCGCCGGCUGAAUUAAGAGUGUGAAUAGAGGAUUUCUUCUCUGGAGCCAUGCCUCGCUACGAGCUGGCCCUGAUCCUGAAGGUGAUGCAGCGGCCGGAGACAGCGGCUGCUGUCCGGCGGACGGUGGAGACUCUGAUGGAGCGGGGCGCGGUGGUGAGGGACCUGGAGAACCUGGGGGAGAGGACGCUGCCCUACAAGAUGAACAAACACAAUGAGAAACACAGUCGAGGGACUUACUUUCUGUUCGACUUCUACGCGGCCCCCAGCAUCAUCACAGGCUUUCUGGAUCAUCUGCACCGUGAUGUGGACGUGGUGAGGCCCACUGUGCUCAAGAAGGACGACGCGGUUUCCAGGACUAACUGCUGUGGCCCCCAGCAGUGACUGAAUGUUUCCACGGCUCAUAUCCAGAAGAUGUACAGUGUGAGGCUUCCCCUCUGACCUUUUCCAUAGUUUCUAACCUACAUUUGGAUGUUAUGUCAUGAAUAAACUACUUUUUCUGUCUUA